AUGCUUUUCAACACGAAGACCAUACUCUCAGCCGUGACUCUCCUCAUGGCCAAUCAGGCCAUGGGAGCCAUCGCUGGAACUCAAGUCCAAGAGGCUCGUGCUGUGGCCACUGCCACCGACCCAAACCUCGCAUGCAACUGCCCCAACAACUGUGACUACGGUCCGGGCCAUAGUUGCGCAUACUACACCGACCCUUCAAACAGUCGAAACACAGCUAAAGGAACAUGCCAAGAAGAAAACGGAAGCUUGACCUGCGUGGUCAACUCUUAG